AUGCAGGGGAAUACGGUAACCAUAGAAUCGGAGUCAGAGUUCCAGCUUGUACAAGACCUUCUACAGAACACACUUGAUGCCUCAGGCCCAGAGACUUGGUGUAGACAACAAAACAACAGCGUGUGUCUGGCCUUGAACCUAACUCGACAUGGGAAACAUUUUAGGUGGGGUCAAGGUCGACCACUUGUUAUCUCUGCGCCUUGGUCAACGAAUCUUGAAGAAAGUGGAGAUUGUGUCACGUGGAUUUUAUCACGUGAUGCAAGUGGCUACAGUAAAACAUGGCUUCAAGUGAAUUGUAACUUGACAGAUCAAUAUGUUGUCAUCUGUGAGGUGGAAACGUUUCUAAAACGUAAUCCAAGAUAUCUAGCGAUGGGGAAAGAAUUUAUAGAGUACAAUCAGGACGUCGUUUCUGUCGCAGCGUAUUUUGAGGAUGACAAUUUCCGUCUUGGGUUUAAUAACAUUAUGUAUUAUUACAUCGCACGAUUUGACUGUGGCGAUGAAUCUGACAAAUCUAUAGCUUAUUCCUUUGUCUGUGACAACAAACAAGAUUGUCCAAAUGGUAGUGACGAAGAGGGUUGUACAGGAGACAAAGACAAGAUAUGGUUUUACAACUCAACUCAGAAAAACUUUAGAAGAACAGAUGGAAGCAAUACACGACAAUGCGACACCAUCAAACAUCCGUCUUGUUUUGAUCUAAAACAGCUGUUACAUGAAUUGUGUAAUUCUCAAUCAGAUGUUUACGGGUUGUUUGAAAACAAAUUUAACGUAACAAAUACUGUACCAGACAACAGUACGCUCUCUGUACUAUGGCUUGAUAUUCUAUCAUGCAGUGAAGGUCCUACUCCUGUAAAAACAAUUGGAUCUAACCAAACUAUGACAUGUGUAAUGGCCCCUAAAUGUUUGUACAUUAAAUCUUUGUUUGAGGGUGACGUCAUAGGUUGCCAUAAUAUGAUCCACCUACAGAAUUGUACGACAUACAAAUGUCCAUCUGGCUACGCCAAAUGUCCACUGUCUUAUUGUAUCCCAGAGACUUACGUCAAUGACGGGACACAGGAUUGUCCACAGGGAGAAGAUGAAACCAAUCUGAUGUUGAAGUGUUUCAAUACGUCACAGUAUGUUUUCCUACAGCACGUUUGUGAUGGCUACAUAGACUGUCCUAAUGGUGACGAUGAAAUUAAUUGCAAUAUUGAAUGUUCUAACUUUUUGAUAUGUGUUGCAGGGGUGGCAAUUGUCGAUGUUAUGUACUUUCAUUUUUCAGACACACAGACAUAUAUAGUUCGUAUUGAUUAUUCCAUUCGAAGCCUUCGUUUUGUAAAUAGAAGGUCCGAACGUGAGUUGUCUUCAAUAACAAUACAAUUGGGAAAAAAAUCAAAACUGACAUAUUUACAUGGUAACUCAAUGAAUAUCAAAUCAGAAAACUCUAAUUUCUUAUCAAUAUCUGAAACAAACGAUAUAAAGCAUGCACACUUUAGUUCUAAUAAGCUUCAAAAAAUAACAUCAAGUGGAUUUUUUUCAAAAUUGAAAAGACUUAAAUUAUUGAACUUGUCAUUAAACACAGAGCUAACUACUUUUAAUUUGACUAUCCCAUCACUAGAGAUGUUACUUUUGUCUUACACAGAAAUUUCAAGUCUUGAUAAGAACAUAUUUGAAAAAAUGAAAAAUCUGAAAACUUUACAUUUAAGAAAUACUAAAUUAACGAAUUUAAACUUUAUCCCUGACGGUUUUACGCUGGAAACGCUUGAUAUCAGCGGUACUAAAAUGCAAGGGAUAGGAUCCAAUUAUUUUAGAAACCUGAACAUUACAGGAGUUAUAAGAACAUCACAGUAUAAACUGUGUUGUCCCCAAGCACUUGGCCCAAACAUACCCAUUGAGAAGUGUCAAUCUGAUGACAAAUCUAUUUCUUCCUGUACAGACCUAAUCAGGGGUGUUAGCAUGAGAAUUAUUCUGUGGGCGAUAGGUCUUCUGGCCUUGGUGGGGAACAUGUUUGCUCUAGCGUAUAGAAUGAUAUGGGAUAGAAAGGUUUUACAGACAGUGUACGGGCAGUUUGUGUCCAACCUCUGUAUCUCAGACAUGAUAAAUGGCUUUUAUCUCAUCAUGAUUGGCGUGGCUGAUGAAGUGUAUCGGGACACUUAUUUUGUCAGAGAAGACGAAUGGAAAUCCGGGGUUGUCUGCCAAGUGGCCGGGUUUCUGUCAACCCUCUCCAGCGAGGUCACGACGUUCUUUAUCUGUCUGAUAACACUGGACAGAUUUCUGACACUCAGGUUCCAAACUGGCAAGUACCGAUUCACCACGAGUACAAAACGUGCAUCCAUCAUCCUUUGCUGGUUUCUUGGGUUAUCUUUAGCUUUGGUGCCAGUACUGUGCCCUGAGUGGGGAAUAUUUACAUCAAACUCCAUGUGUUUGGCAUUUCCUUUAGACGCUGCUGUAAGUGGUGGACGUUAUUACUCUGUGGCACUUUUCUUAGGUUUGAAUUUUGUUCUGUUUCUGUCUAUAAUAGUCGGCCAGAUUUUCAUCUUACGUUCUCUCUCCGCUAGAAGAACUGUUUCUACUUUCACUACCGUAAACAAUUCAAGACGAGCCCAGGACGUUCUCGUUGCUAGGCAACUGUUUCUUGUGGCCGUGACCAACUUCCUGGCCUGGGUGCCGGUGCAGAUAUUGGGGACACUUGCACUGGCUGGGGUUGACCUCGACAACGACGUCUACACGUGGACGGCUGUGUUGGUUUUACCCCUGAACUCGGCCUUGAACCCUUUAGUAUACUCUUUUCCAAGACUGUACAACCUGUUUCUGUCUCUAAAAAAUGCUUGUUGCAAAUAA